GCAAUUUUUGUUCAUUGUACGAAUUGAAUUGACUACCGUUGUAUUCGCUUUAAUAAAUAUUAGUCUGCUGAAAAAAUACUAAAAUGGUCUUAGAAAGUACUAUGAUCUGUGUGGACAAUAGUGACUACAUGAGAAAUGGAGAUUUCUUGCCGACACGACUGCAAGCUCAGCAGGAUGCUGUUAAUUUGGUAUGUCAUUCCAAAACACGAUCCAAUCCUGAGAAUAAUGUCGGAUUAUUAACUCUUGCAAACGUCGAAGUAUUAGCCACACUUACUAGCGACGUAGGACGUAUCAUGUCCAAGCUCCAUCGCGUCCAGCCAAACGGUGACAUCAAUCUAUUGACCGGAAUCCGCAUUGCACAUUUAGCUUUAAAACACCGUCAGGGAAAGAAUCACAAGAUGCGCAUAGUAGUUUUUGUCGGUUCCCCUGUCAACACUGACGAAAAGGAACUCGUAAAACUAGCUAAAAGGCUAAAGAAGGAGAAAGUCAACUGUGAUGUUGUUUCGUUUGGAGAGGAUUCAGAAAACAACCCCCUUUUGACUACCUUUGUCAACACACUAAAUGGGAAAGACACAUCGACUGGGGGAAGUCACCUUGUGUCUGUGCCAGCUGGAGGCUGUGUUGUGCUUUCUGAGGCUUUGAUAACAAGUCCUCUGAUAGGUGGUGAUGGAGCAGGCCCUUCUGGCUCUGGUUUGUCUCCUUUCGAAUUUGGAGUAGAUCCCAAUGUAGACCCAGAGCUCGCAUUAGCUCUACGUGUGUCGAUGGAAGAACAAAGGCAACGUCAAGAAGAAGAGUCUCGUCGUCAACAGACCACAACUGAAGGCGAAACUGGCACUGCCACUGAAGGAUCAGAUACAGCAGUAGAGAGAGCCAUUGCUAUGUCUCUCGGUCGUGAUGCAAUGGAACUCUCUGAAGAGGAGCAGAUUGCGCUUGCAAUGCAAAUGAGCAUGCAACAAGAAGCACCCCAGGCUGAAGAGAGCAUGGAUGUUUCUGAAGAAUAUGCAGAAGUUAUGAAUGAUCCAGCAUUUUUACAGAGUGUGCUUGAGAACCUUCCCGGAGUAGACCCACAGAGUGAAGCCAUCAGAAAUGCUAUGUCAACAAUCAAGAAGGAUAAGGAUGAGAAGGAUGAGAAAGACAAAGACGGAAAAGGAUCCACAUCUAAAGAGAAUUAGUUUAUUUACUUUUUCAUUUUCUUUUGAAUAGAUACAUGUUUGUAAGCUUCAACAUUGGAACAUGACAGUGUUGAUAUAUCUAUAAAUUUAAAUAAAUAACACUUUAUUGUA